UGAGAGUGAACAAGGCGUGAAUAAGGGCUUUCAUUCAUCCUCAGGCCAAACACGGCGCCUGGGUUUUAGGACAAAAUGUACCACAGUUUAAGAAAAUGUAUAUUAUAGAUGUUCUCAAGUAUUCAGACUAUAUUUCUGCUGCUAGAAUGAUCUAAUUUCACCUUUUAAUUAGCAUGUUAUUAGUCAGAAGAUUCACAGGCACAGGAAGACAGUAAGUAUGUUUCUCAAUACAUAGACAUAUACAGGAAGGAGUGAGUACUAAACACAUUAGUCCUCAGCUUGGCUAAGAUGGCAGGAGUUGCUCAGAAUCACACCCCAAAGCGGCCAGGAGUGGGUCUCGGAGUGAUCGUCACUGAUUCCUCCCACCCAGGAUGUGUGCUUCUAGGAAAGAGAAAGAGUUUGGUUGGGAAAGAUAAGUGGCAGUUACCUGGAGGUCACGUUGAAUUCGGCGAGACAUGGGAGGAGUGCGCACAGAGAGAGGUGAUGGAGGAGGCCGGCAUUCAGUUAAAGAACCUCCGGUUUGUCUUUGUAGUGAACUCCAUCAAGCUUGAAGAAAACUAUCACUACAUUACACUCUUCAUGCAAGGAGAAGUGGAUAAGGACUUCAUAACAUCCGAGCCAGUAAAUAUGGAGCCCGAGAAAAAUGAAGGUUGGUCAUGGAGAGCCUGGGAUGACUUUCCCCCUGAGGAGCAGCUUUUUCUACCACUGGCCAAUGUGAGACAGCAGGGUUUCCAGCCAUUCAAGAAGACUGAAUGUGAUCAAGGAAUCCUUUCCUAAGUGAAGGCCCUCAGAAUAAAGUCUCCAUCCAGUUGCUCUAACCUUAGAAUUGACAUGAAAUGAGCACCGCAAAUAUGGCUUCAAGCUACAGCAAUAGCAUAGCAUUUAAUGUGUAAGUAAUAUUAAACAUAUUUCCAGUUUAGUCCAA